AUGGCUCCUUCAGCCAUUUCCAGCACUCCACCUCCUUCCACCGCUGGAGACAACUCUUCAGUGGCGAGUUACCGCGGCUACGACCAUGUUCACUGGUACGUUGGCAACGCCAAGCAAGCAGCCACCUUCUACAUCACCCGCAUGGGCUUCAAGCGCGUAGCCUACAAAGGCCUGGAGACGAACAACCGCAACAUCUGCUCUCAUGUUAUCAAAAAUGGCGACAUUACCUUUAUCCUCAGUUCUCCUCUCCGGUCACUUGAACAAAUCGACCGAUUCAGUCCAGAGGAGCAAGCCGAGCUGCGCGAGAUCCACGAACACUACGAGAAGCACGGUGAUGCAGUCAAGGACGUUGCUUUCGAGGUUGACGAUGUCGACGCUGUCUACUAUGCCGCCGUAAAGAAUGGUGCCAAGGCUGUUUCUCCCCCCAGAAUUCUCGAGGAUAAGGAUGGACAUGUCAAGACCGCAACUAUUCGGACUUAUGGAGAGACCACCCAUACACUUAUCGAGCGCAAUCAAUACCAUGGUGCCUUUAUGCCUGGAUAUCGCGCUGAGGCCGGAAAUGAUGAUCCUAUCUUGAAAUUCCUCCCCGAAGUUCGUCUUGAGAGGAUUGACCACUGUGUUGGAAAUCAAGACUGGGAUGAGAUGGACGAAAUCUGCGAGUACUACGAGAAGGCUCUCGGUUUCCACCGCUUCUGGUCCGUCGACGACAGCCAAGUCUGCACUGAAUUCUCUGCCCUGAAGAGUAUUGUCAUGGCAUCGCCAAAUGAGAUUGUCAAGAUGCCCAUCAAUGAGCCGGCAAAGGGAAAAAAGCAGUCUCAAAUCGAGGAAUACGUGGACUUCUAUAAUGGGGCUGGUGUGCAGCAUAUCGCGCUUCGAACGGACGACAUUAUCCGUGAUAUUACCAACCUGAAGGCACGAGGUGUUGAAUUCAUCAAAGUCCCCGACACAUACUACACAGACAUUCAAGUCCGUCUUAAGCAAUCUGGGCUGAAGCUUAAGGAAGAUUUCGAGACCAUUCGCAGCUUAGACAUCUUGAUCGACUUCGAUGAAGGUGGUUAUCUUCUUCAAUUGUUCACCAAGCACAUUCUGGACCGCCCUACAGUAUUCAUUGAGAUCAUUCAGCGACACAAUUUUGAAGGCUUUGGAGCCGGGAACUUCAAAUCACUGUUCGAGGCUAUUGAAAGAGAACAGGAACUUCGUGGGAAUUUGAUUUAA